UGGAUACAGACGGCAGUAGUGCGGAGUUGUGUCUCUACCAUGCCUGUCAGUGACGGACGGAGAAACCCUGCGUGUCUGGCAACCGGAUCAAUACACCGACAAUUAGUCAGCUCCCAUUAGGACCGAUUGUUUAAUCAAUCAGGUAAUCAGGGAGUGCGCUGGGCUGCUGCUUUCUCGCCGACAGCAACCACGGGGAUGUGCGACUAGAAGGCUGCCGCGGCUCACCCCACAGCACCUAUAGGUGUCUCCAAGCAUGGAUACUAUUGGGGUGUCAUUCUUGGACCCCUUAGAUGACUACGAAUUAAUCCACCGGAUUGGGUGCGGCACCUAUGGAGAUGUUUUCAAGGCUCGUAACAUCAGGACGUCUGAAAUGGCAGCCAUCAAGAUUGUCAAGCUGGAUCCUGGUGACGACAUCACGUCCAUCCAGCAGGAGAUUACGAUGAUGAAGGAGUGCAAACACAAAAACAUCGUGGCCUAUUUCGGCAGCUACCACAGGAACACCAAGUUGUGGAUCUGCAUGGAGUACUGUGGUGGAGGGUCGCUGCAGGACAUUUAUCAUGUGACGGGCCCAUUAAAGGAGAAGCAGAUAGCAUAUGUGUGCAGAGAAACCCUUCAGGGGUUGUAUCACCUGCACGAAACCGGCAAAAUGCAUAGAGACAUAAAGGGAGCCAACAUCCUUCUGACAGAGCGAGGAGAUGUGAAACUGGCUGAUUUCGGUGUGGCAGCAGAGAUCAGCGCCUCUGUGGCCAAGAGGAAGUCUUUUAUAGGAACUCCCUACUGGAUGGCCCCAGAGGUGGCAGCAGUGGAAAAGAAGGGCGGCUACAACCAUCUGUGUGACAUCUGGGCCGUCGGCAUCACCGCCAUCGAACUGGCCGAGCUCCAGCCACCCAUGUUUGACCUCCACCCCAUGAGAGCGCUGAUGCUGAUGUCCAAGAGCAGCUUCCAGCCUCCCAGACUAAAGGAUAAAUCCAAAUGGUCGGCAGGUUUCCACAGCUUUGUGAAGAUGUCGCUCAUUAAAAGUCCUCGUAAAAGGCCCUCAGCUGAGACUCUACUGCAGCAUCCCUUUGUGACCCAGCUGCUGACUCGUAACCUGGUCAUCGAGCUGCUGGACAUGGCCAACAACCCUGACCUGCACACCAGCACACCCAGCAUGGACGACUGUGAGCUGGAGAUUGGGGAAGUGGCUCCCGACAAGAUCCAGUCAGCAGGAAAACACCUGCCCGUAGAGAGGACGCUGUCUGAGGAGCAAUUUGACUUAGUGAAGUUUGGGCCGCCACUGAGGAAAGUCACAGAGCCGUACCCGGAUAUGCAUGAUGAUGACUGGACUCUCUCAGGAGAUGAAGACGACUCACCGAGCCUGUUGGAAUGUGUGGAGCAAGCUCUGCAGCUGAGGAGUCUAACCAUUAAGAGGGCGCCAUCUACUGAUGGGGGUAAAGGCGUCAGGAAAAGUGGUUUGUUCAGCCCGUCCACGGCCUCCCUGCCACCCUUCAGCUCCUUCUCUCCUAGCAUGGAGGCCAAGGACCUGACGCUGCGACCCAGCUGUACACUUGGCCCUGACUCCACCCACAACGCUGACCCCUCCUCCUCCUCAGUUAUUUCCCCAGGCUUGGCGCGAUGCUCAGCCACGCAGGACAUCAGACAGCGCUGCAGUGACCCCUGUCUGACUGCGGAGGACGCUCUAGCAGCAGAGAAGAAGCCUGCCACUGUUAUGUCUCCGAAAAGGGAGACACCCCUAUCACCUGAGUGGUGCACGCUGAGAAAAAAGACUGAGGACUCUAGAGCUGAUUGUCAUGGACUCCCUCCUACUCCUCAAGUCCAUAUGGGAGCCUGCUUCUCCAAAGUCUUCAACGGUUGUCCUCUGAAAAUUCACUGUGCUGUGACCUGGAUUUUGCCCAAGACAAGAGAUCAGUAUCUUAUUCUGGGGGCAGAGGAGGGCAUCUACACACUCAACCUCAACGAGCUUCAUGAAGAUACACUAGAGAAGCUGAUCCCUCAGCGAUGCACAUGGCUGUAUGUUAUGAACAACGUCUUGAUGUCUGUAUCAGGGAAGUCAUCCCAGCUUUACUCCCACAGCCUGACGGCUCUGUUCGAACAGAAAGGACAUCUGCCCAAGAAACACAGCAGUCUGUCGCUGAGCACCAACCGCUUCACCGACAGGAUCAGCCAUAGCAGGAAGUACACCAUAUCUGUGAAGAUCCCCGACACUAAAGGCUGUAGGAGGUGCAGUGUGGCAAGAAACCCCUACACAGACAGCACAUUUCUAUGUGGGGCGGUUCCGUCUGGCCUAGUUCUGCUGUUGUGGUAUGAGCCACUCCAGAAAUUCAUGCAGCUAAAGCACAUAGCAAUAAGCCUCCCGGAUCCUCUCCCGAUUUUUGAGCUCCUGGUGUUGGUGACGGAUGAGUUUCCUCAGCUGUGUGUUGGAGUGAGAGACUGUAGCAACGGGAAACCCUCAGCCAACCAGCAGCUCAAGUUCGACAUUAUAGAGCUGAACGGCACGCCCAACUCAGCAUCAGAUAUUGGACCAGUGGGGGCGGUUCAGGUAACCCAACUGGACAGAGACACUGUCCUCAUUGCAAUAGAAAAAACUGUUAAGAUUGUGAACCUACAAGGGCUUCCAUCCAAAGAGCUGACCAACGAGAUGGUCUUUGACUUCCCCAUUGCAACACUAGUUUGCCUACAGGACAGUGUUCUGGCUUUCUGGAAGCACGGCCUUCAGGGGAGGAGUCUCCAGUCAAGUGAAGUAACGCAAGAGAUCACAGACGAGACUCGAGUGUUCAGAGUUUUGGGAACAAACCGGGACAUCGUCCUUCAGAGCACACCAACAGACGACCCCUCGGCGCUGAGCAACCUGUACAUCCUGACGGGCCAUGAAAGCAGCUACUGAAAGAAACGAUGGAACGGGAAGCUGAGAGCAGAAGCAGCAAAUUUUCAAGAAGCACAGUGGAAGGACUCACAGAUCCACCUUAUAACCCUGUGGAGAAACUUGUAGAAAUUGUGAAAGGGAAGCCCUCUGUGACUGAAGGUGUAGUCAACACCAGCUGAUCCCCUGAACCGUGCGCUAUGUAUGAGAAAUGCCAAUAUGGGAUUCUAUUUCCCGCCCAGACUGAGAGUGUAUUUUUUCUGGAAGGACUUGUGAAAAUUGAUCAGUGGUGAGUUUCUGUUUCUUAGAUAUACUACAUGCUAGUUGAAAGCUGCAUUAGACACAUUUUUGUGUGAAAACCCAUCUGUCUUCACAGUCUAUAUCACAAGUAGCCUGAAGCUUGAAAGAGAAACGUUUUUAAUCCCCACUAGAUUAACUCCAUUUGCCCAUAUUGAUUUCUGAUGUCAAUAUGGUGGGAACUACAACUAUAUUCUCGUAGGCAGUGACGUCCUUAAAGGCAUAGUUGACCAUGCAAAGAAGGUUUAACAUCACCGUACAAGAGUUGCUAUCCUAAAUUAAACAGUUACUGAGCACAAACGGACGAUACAAAUUACUGUUUAGAACUGGAAUUUCCCUGUUAUCAACAUCCAGAAAGAUCCGGCAACUUCUGCACUCUCCAUAUUACUCCGCCAGAGGACCCACCACGGAGACAGAGGCAGAUUGCAUGAGUUUGCUAGUCCUGAAACAACAAAGAUAACAACUUUCUUCAGGGUACUAAAAGAUAUCUGACUAGAUAUGUUGAGGCGAGCUUCUGCUUUUCCUCCACUCCUCUCUAUCACGUCUCAUGAACCUUUCAGGCUCCUGCCAGCCACUGAUGCAACUGAGGACCAACGCAGAGAGCUGAGACCACACAAGAAAAUAGUUCCACCGUUGAAGACUUUUUUUAGGCAGGGUGGCUGUAAAAAAUUCUGCUAUAUAAGAAAAAUUUAUGAUAAACUUGUCUGUGGAGAGAAGCAUUACAUUUCCCGGUAUACAACCUGUCAUUAGAAGAAGAACAAGAAGAGGAGUGGAUUAAGGUGGUUAUCUUUAAAGGCCGGAUUAUGGUUCUGCGGACACUCGACGCAACGCACACGCAGUUUCCACGCAGGGCGUGUGUGUCCAACAUACCUCUGCGAAACACGCUAAGCAAUUCUCCGCCAAAACGCUAUGGGGCGCGUUUUGUUUUUGUUUUUUUCGGCAGACCCACAUACACCCUGUGAUGUAUGGUCACUCCUCUACCUGUUGUGGUGCCGGCAGCACUGUUUUUAAAGGGAGCAGCAGUAGAUCCAGAUCCAGCAUGAUCCAAACUUUCCAAAUAAUUUGAAAUUAACUGAUGAGUCAAGAUGUGAUUGCAACAGCAGUUCUUUUAAAAAUGACGCUGCCGGCACAACAACUGGACGUGACGCCAGAGGGGUGAAAUGCUGUAGUUCGACGGACCAAUCAUAGCUCUUGUUGUCAGUGGGGGGCCUGCGUUGGGGGCUACAUGGGGUCCGCGUAGUUACAAUUUUUCGGAGGUGCGUGGCAAGGCUCUGCAGCGGUCGUACAACCCCUGCAAGCUUCGCACAACCCCCGUACACUCCGCUUACGCAGAAGCAUAAUUCAGCCUUAAGAAUGUUAGCUGGGGGGAAGUCCACUUCAAUGGCAGCAGGCUAACAGUUAG